AUGGAUACCAAUACUUACGAAGAAGCGCUACGAGCUUUUAUUUUGUCUGAAAAACGAGCAGGUCGAACACUCAACCAGCUCAUGCGUCAGUUCGGCUCAUACUUGGGCCGACAAAAAGAUGAGCAGUCCCGUAAGCUGCUUGACUUGCACCGACAGAAUCUCAGG